CUGGGGAAGCCUAAAUGGAAGAAUGAUGCUUAUAACUGAGCGCUCAGACACAAAUUCUCCUGGUCCAUUGUUGCUUCUUCGGCUUGCUCCUCUCUACUGUUACCCGGGCGUAAGCUCUACCGAUCUUUUCACAACUAUUUGCGAGCUCGGAAUCUGUACUCAGUCUGACACUCCGUACCUGCGUGAGCAGCUAUAACCGGCGACUUAAUACACCAUGUACCUACGGCCGGGCUUUGUCGUGGUGAUAGUUGGAGCGACGUUGACUUCAUUAUCGACUGUCAUCGUAGCCCUGCGAUAUUACUGUCGUCACUUCUUAACUGGGUCGGUGGGCGUAAGCGAUCAUCUCAUGCUUGCUGCUCUGAUGUUCACGUGGGCAAACUUGGUUAUCAACUACUACCAAGACAUCACUAGCAGCAAAUUCAAACCUAGCUACUUUCGAAUACCGGAAAAGCGACCGGAAAUAGCAGCAACAGUGCGCGGUACCCUAAUAACAUGGUGGGUGUACCGAAUGAGCUACAUUCUAGCACUCUGCUUCGUCAAACUUAGCCUCCUCUUCUUCUAUCGGGUAAUAGCAACCCACCGCACCUUUCGACGCCUCGUGUACGCUACGAUCGGCUUCGUGAGCAUAUACACAUUCGCCUCAUGCAUUGCUGCCGCCUUCCAGUGCCUGCAUCCACCAGAUGCUUGGGACACUUCCGGAUUUUUCGCUCAGUUCGACAGAGAUCCGAACACGAAGAAGCCGAAUCUCAGGUGUUACGAUCCGGUGAGGUUGUGGGUGUUCUGUGCAGCAGCCAACCUGUUGAGCGACGUCAUCAUACUGCUGCUACCUAUUCCCACAUUGCUCAGCCUCCGAGUCCCAAUGAGCAAACGUCUGGCUCUUAUCGGUAUCUUCUCCAUUGGCAUCAUGGCCAUUGUCGCCUCCUCAGUGCGCAUGUGGGUGAUGAUGCUGUGGGCAGAAAGUCCAUCGGCGAGCGCUCGUUUUGGAGCAGAUCUCCUCCUUUGGGGCCAGGUUGAGACCAACAGUGGUAUCAUAUCCGCUUCAGUCCCCUUCCUUCGCCUGCUUUUUCGACGGAGAGAAAAAGAAGAGCGAGGCGUGACGCAAAGAAAAAUAGACAUGAGCCCACCGAAACCCAUGGGAGGGGGUGGCACCAGUCAAAAUAAGCCACUCGAGAUUGAAUAUGAAAAGAACGGUGGAGAAGGAAGCCCGAGUUGGGGGCCUUUCAUCACGGUUCCGGAGAGCUUGGGCUCGGCAAGCAGGAACAGCACGUUGGUGGAGCCUACGCAUCCCCAUAUGACGGUGUAG